UUACUCUCUUUAAAAUUAAUGAGUUAACAGGGCAGUGAAUCGAACAAAUAAUAAUUGCAACGUGAAGGAAACUUCAGACACGGGCUCACAAGUUAAAAAAUGCAAAAUCUAUUACAGAGCGCACAAUGAGAGGCAGUGAAUGUCAGUUUACACCUCGGUACUAAAAUCAGCAAGGCAGUCCCACAUCCAGGACUGGUAAGCCAGCAAGUAUGUACACCGAGCGUCGCACAGAGAAGCCCUUUCAUUUCGGAGGAAUGUUCCGAUCCUUGUGCAAAAGGAAAAUAAAUUGAGCAGUUCGCGUGUCUCGCAGCCUCCUGUCAGCCGGGCAUCCUCUGCCGAUCUGCCGUGCGUGGACCGCGGCUGCAACGGUGAAUAACUCCAUUUAAGUUCCUGGUGUGUUGGCGGUGCUGCCUUGCAUGUUAAUGCAGACAGUGAGAGAGGGGGAGAGAGAGAGAGAGAGAUUCGCGGGAUGUGAUUGAUGCAGUCGAACUACCUUGGUGCUGGAGGAUUGGAUUGUGUGCCUUUGGGCUGCUCUGCGGUUUCCCCAGAGCCAGCGGCGGGGACAGAGUGGGCGAGCCUGUGUUACACAGAUUUGAACUUCGCUCACUCGCCUUCCCUCCCCCCUGAUUCUCAUGCUGAUUUUCCCCCCUCUUUUGUGUGCGGGACCUUUGGUGGGGGUGGGUGGGGGGGAAAGGCCAGAAGGCUAUUGAUUCCCAUCUUUCCACCCACCCCACCCCCACUCCCCCUGUGAUCGGGUUAAAUGAAACCAGUAACAGCAGAAGACAGACACCCAGCUGCCCCGAAGGCAUCGAUCGCAGCGCCGGAGCGCCGAGUUUUAAGGUGUAACUGUAUCAUUCGGACUCAAGUUGCCUGGGAGAUAUAUUCCGCUCAAGGAGGUCUUUGUUUUGGCUGACUUCCCAACAUUUGAACUCACAGCUGCCCCCUCCAACAACUUCAUCUUGUGGGACAAUGUUACUUGGUUCCACGGGCCAAAGCAAUAGUCUUUUAGCUUCUCUGCAGCUGCAGGGAAGAACCAUGCAGCCAGCCCUCGACAUCAAACACUUCCUACCUUUUCGUCUCAGCACCCCCUCGCCAGUCGGACUAUUCCCCAACUUCAACACAAUGGAUCCAGUGCAAAAGGCUGUAAUAAACCACACGUUUGGCGUAACACUGCCACCGAAAAAGAAGCACGUCAUCUCUUGCAACGUAUGCCAUCUGAGAUUCAACUCAGAGAACCAAGCCGAGGCUCACUACAAGGGUCACAAACACGCUCGGAAGCUGAAAGCACUCGAAGCGCUGAAAAAUAAGCAGAAAGCCGCCGCCGCCGCCAAGGAGGACAGCGUGACGCAGCCCCUUCACAACCUUGACGACAUCAUCAGCGAGCCAGAGAAAACAGAAGAUUUAACUCCAGCACCCAGCGUGGAGAAAACUGAAAACGACUCUACCUCACUGGUCCACGUUUCCAAGAUGUUUGUGGUGGAGACUGCUAGUAACAAGACCUCAGCCACGCUCCCCUGCCCAGAGGCCACCAACGGCAGCUCGGAGAAUGGCGUGGACACCUCCUCGCUGGUGCCCGCCGCGGAGAUCGUCAGGAGCGGGGGCACCAGCAGCGUCAGCUCCGUCCCCGAGAGCGAGAAGGAGGGGGAGAAGGUGAAGCAGCAACUGUACUGUACAUGUUGCAAAGUGACUGUGAACUCCACAUCACAACUCGAGGCACACAACAAUGGGUCCAAGCAUAAAUCAGUGCUACAAGGGCAGAACAGCCACAACAGGAGGAGCAGGCUGAGACUGUUCCCACGGACAUUGUACAAAACCAAACGCAUUGGCAACAAGGGGAGCAUCGGCAUCCAGAGCAAGGCUUUCCACUGUAACAUCUGUGAAAUCUACGUCAACUCCGAAACCCAACUCAAGCAGCAUAUGACCAGCAGAAGACACAAGGAGCGGCUGACAGGAAAGACGUCCAAGCCCAAAUACAGCCCUUAUGCCAAGCUGCAACAGACUGCUGUGUUGGCGACAAAGCUGGCUUUUCAGAAGCAUCUCACAAAACCAAUAGCAACCGGUUUCUUACCUAACCCUUUAACAGCAGCCGCUGUCUGCGCUAUGCCAAAUCUCAGUUUUCGACCGACCACACUCUUCCAGACACCAUUUCUCGGACCAGCCUUUUUCAGAGCGACCCCAGGCCCUCUGCGGGCAACACAUACACCUUUUCUUUUUGCACCGUAUUGACUUCAGGGUUCAAAACAGUACAGACAUUUUGGAGAAUAAAAGGGAACUAUGCAGUCGUAAAUGUGAACAUUAUGUUAUGCACGGCAGAGUUCUGCCUCCUUGCUUUAACAUCUAGAAUCGGCAGUUUUAUACUGCAAAUAUAUUUAGAUGAACGUCAUAUUAAGAGAAUAUGGUUUCAGUAACAAAAGACUAUUACAGAGCUGAUGUAGAUGUGUGUAGAGUCCUGGUAGAACCAUGGUUUACCGGCCUUUUUUGCACAAUAUUUUUGUGAGUUCUUUAAAAUGUCAGUCGUUAGCAAAAGGUAUUCUGUGCGAGGGCGGGGUUUUUUUUUAUAGGGGAAAACAAGAAAGAAAAAUAUGAAAAAAGAACUCUCUGAAAUCAAAAUGGUUGACGAAAAAUCAGCGGCAUCAGGCUUGCAGCAAUCAAAGGAAUAAAGAUGUAUUCAAUUCGUAGAACGAGCAUGGCUCCUGGGUCAACCCCCCCCCCCCCCCCCCCCCCCCCCCCCCCCCUCCGUUUGGGUCGAUAACAUAGAGGAUAUGAAACUUCAGCCUCAUUGGAGUUCGUUUGUGACACAGAUUUCAGAGGGUGGCAACACCAAGAAGUCUAGUGGCUUGAUGGCGAUACCCUGAAGCCUAGUGUUCUAGCUGACUUUUCUCUCUGCUGGACCUUCAUCGAUCACUUACGAUCACCCCUCAUCCGGGGAGCUCCGGAGUUACCAAGCCCAAUUGCAAAGACUGGAAGUGGAAAGCACGGAUUUAUCGCCUGAGAGAUUUCAGGGGAUUCAUCUAUUUUGGAAUUUUAAAAAGCACACUGUCCACGUGUACUGGGUUUGUGAUGCCUGCUCUCACAGACGUAACAAGGAAAUAACGGAGAAAGGUGCCAUCAAAUAUGUUCCGACCAGGGAGAUUACUAGAUUACCGCUGUUUUUAAUAAAUUCUAUUUAAAAGAUCCGAAUAAUAAUCCAAGCGAAUUCUUUACUUAAGACAUUGGUCUAUGUUUUGUGUCAAUCAUGCCUUUUAGUUUUUGUGCAGAUUUUAGAGCUUAUGUUUCAAUGUUAAAUAUUUUCGGAAACUCUGCCUCGUGGAGGCAAAUUUGUAUCGGUAGAAUGGUGAUAAAUUGAGCUCAAAUCCAGAUGCAUGGAUCCAGACAUAUUAGACUAUGAUUGCUAGUCUCACCAUCGGUUCCCCUUACCCCAAAACUGAACGUAAAUACUUUCAGAAUGUCUGCUUAUUUGAAAGGGACAUACACAUUUAUUUUGCAAAAGUCUUUAGAUAAUCAUUUGUAUUGUACGUGCAGCAAUAGAUAUUGUGGAGCCACAUCAAAGUUGAAUCUGAAAAAAAAGUCAUGCGUUAUUAUUUUGUGGACAUGGUUUUAAGUCAAAGGUUAAAGGUUUGGACUGCAGUCUACCUUUUCCAAGUCAGUAAAGAGAUUAUCAAAGAUGUAAUAUAUCAAAAGAACAUUUUAUUUGUACAAUUAAGAAAACGCACAGAAAAUGCUGGAGUUACGCCACGGAAGGGUCUGAAGAAGAGUCCCGACCUGAAAUAUUGUCCGUCCAUUCCUUCCACAGAUGCUGCCUGGCCUGCUGAGUUCUUCCAGCACUUCAUCUCUUAUUCUGCAGGUCAGACAACAUCUGCAGGGCGAGGGGCAGAGUCUUGUUUCAGGUCAAUGAUCUUCCAUCAGUUACUAGAAAACGUACAUGAUAUAUAUUGUAGAGCGGGAGAGGGCAGAGUGACGGGUGGAACGACUGUGGUAGAGAGGACACCAAGUUGACCAGAUGACACAAACAGCAUGCAGUUGGCUUUGACCAAGAGAGAGCACCUCAACCACUCUCUCUUCGUUCAGACUUCCACCAACUGCUGUGUUCUACAUUUACCUCCUCUCUCUGUCUCUGUUCCACACAUUUAUCUCCACUAUUUACACUUUCCCAAGCUGGUGAGCUAUGGAAAGGGAUGCAUUGCCCUCUCUCAAACAGAACCGUCAGCAAUUUGUGGCCGUUUGUUUCUCUCGGUCUCCACUCUAUCGCAGAUGUUCCGUUUGUUCUCUCAACGCCUCUUUUUCUCUGCAACAGAGACAACGCCGACACAGUGGCACAGCCGAUAGACCAACUGCCUCACAGUGCCAGAGACGCCGGUUCGAUUCUGACCUAGGGUCCUGUUUCCUCCCGGUGCUCAGUUUCUUCUCACGACCCAAAGAUUAAUUGGCUUCUGUAAAUUACCCCUAGAAUGAAUGAAUAAGUUUAUUGGCCAAGUAUUCACAUACAAGGAAUUUGCCUUGGUGCUCCGCCCGCAAGUGACAACAUGACAUACAGUGACAGUUAGGAAUGACACAUAAAACAUUAAACAUUAGGGAGUGGAAUAAAAUGUGGGAUGAUAUAAAACUCAUGUGAAUGGGUUAUCAAUGGUCGGCAUGGACUGAAGGGCCUGUUUCAAUUAUCUUUCAAUCUUUCAAAACAUCAAACACAUUGGUCUUAGAUUUAGGUUUAUUAUUGUAAAGUGUACCGAGGUACAGUGAAAAGCUUUGUUUUGCAUGCUAUCCAAACAGAUCAGAUAAUGCUAUUCCUAAAUACAAACAAGCCAAACUCAAGCACAAUAGAUAGGGCAAUUUGGAAGAUACAGAGUGCAGAAUAUAGUUCACAGUUUUGUCGUGCAUCAGUUCGAGAGAUAAUGUGUGUCAGGGGUUCUGGGGAGAAGGCAGGAGAAUGGGGUUGAGAGGGAAAGAUAGAUCAGCCAUGAUCGAAUGGCGGAGUGGACUUGAUUGGCCGAAUGCUCCUAUAACUUAUGAACGAGAACAAGGUCCAAUGUCCACAAUGGGGUAGAGGUGAAUCGGACAGUACCCGAGCUUGUGGAAGGACCGUUCAGAAGCCUGACAAUGGAAGAGAAGGAGCUCACAUCUCAGUGCUGAAAGAUCAGUGACCUGAAACGUUACCUCUAAUGUCCCCACAGGUGCUGCCUGAACUCCCGAGCACCUCCAGCAUUUUUCACUCUUAUUUCAGAUGCUCAGCACAUGUAGCUUUUUUUUUUUUUCGCUUUCCAAUUUUAGUUGUGCAGUUCGGUCUUCCAGCUGUUACCAGUUUGAUAACGUUUGAGAGUUUCCACUUGCCUGGUUUUCUGUGCGGAAGAGUGUGGACUUGCUGGGAACAGCUGUUACAUUGUCUUCCUAAACCAUAUGAAAUUAUCUCAAGAGUACGCAGGCAUCAAGUGUCAUGAAGAAAGCUACCUGCCUAUUGCCUUCCCAGUUAUGUUUGGUUGAAGGCAAAACUUGAGUGAGAACGUUAUUUCUUUAUACUUCAUUAGCAAGCAGCCUCUAAUGUUUUAUCAUUCACCAGCUGAGAAUUUUGACCUUGGAAAGAUUUUCGCUUGGGCAACGGUUGGCAUUUAGCAAGGGGCAUUAUUCAGCCUCUGUGUAAAUAUAUUGCAAGAAAUGAACUGAUUAUUAGUUUCAUAUAAAAGGUAAUUGGAUUUAUGAACAAAUCAUCAGUUUAAUGUUGCCCUUGUAUGAAAUAUACAAAAGGAACAGGAUGUCUUAAACGUGGACAAAGUCCCGCCCCUUCGGUUCUCGCCUUUUUCUUUCUUCAAAUGUGCGUCAGGAAAUGUCCUUCUACAAUCACAGAUAUACCUGCAAACUCCUCAAUGUGAAAUUGAAAUAAAUACUGUGAAUACCA